AUGGAAAAUCUCGAGAUCAGUGAUGAGAAAUUUGCAAAUAUCAGAAACAGUGUCAUUUUGAUUACUGGCGGAUCCUCUGGUAUUGGAAGGUCUACCGCUCAGCUGUGUCUUAAUCUCGGCGCAACUGUUGUUGUUGGCGACCUGAAUGCCCCUGACCCCGAACUUGAAAAUGCGGAAAAGUUCAAGUUCUUGACUGUCAAUGUGACAGACUGGGAAAGCCUUCGAUCUAUGUUUGAUGAAGCAAACAAAUUGUUUGGUCGAAUUGAUCAUGUCUUUGCCAACGCAGGCGUAGGCCCGACAACCGACUUUUUGGACGUUACUCUUGACGAGAAUGGGCAGCUCGAGCCCCCAAAACUUAGGACCAUUGAUGUCAAUCUUCUAGGGCCAAUCUAUACCACCAGAUUGGCGUCGGCUUACAUGAGCGAACUUGCAAGCCAACGUCCUGAUGGGGCUGGUGGUAGCAUUGUUCUAGCGGCCUCUGCUUCAUCGUUCCAGAAUUUCUCCGCUGGAGAUUAUACCAUUGCCAAACACGGUGUUCUCGGUAUGAUACGUGGCAUGGGUUCCAAACUCCAGGAGAAAGGUUUCCGCUUGAAUGCAAUUGCGCCCUCGUGGACAGCCACCAGGAUAGUUCCUGGCGAUAUACUUCAAUCAUUGGGUGCUUGUGUACAAAGCCCGGAGGUGGUUGCUCGGAGCGUUGUAUUGCUUUUUGCAGACCCCGAACGACACGGCGAGGUUAUCUAUAGCUGGGAAGGCCAUUAUAGAGAGAUUAAUAAAGCCGAUGGGGGACUUCUAGCCUGUACCAAUGCUAUGCUGGAGAAUGCGGACAAUGAAGAGCGGGUAAUGAUCAAGCUUAGAGAAGCAGAGCUCUAUCACAAAUAA